CGCGGGCGGAACGUUUAACCUGACGGACCGUGGCCGGCGAUGAGCUGGGCUGAGCGGAGAGGCUGGGCGCCCAGGGCUGCCUUUCCUGCCGCGUCGGGGUCUAUGUGGAGAGGUUAGGGCCGAAGGACAACGCAGGGCCUGCGGUCGGCCUCCUCGCCGCCUCGGGAGCCGCCCCGCGCCGCCUCGGAGGCGCUGGUUCCGGGCUCCGCUCGCCCUGCGGCCCGGCCUCUCCGGCUCGCCUUGGCCCCAGCCCCAGCUCCAGCCCCAGCGCGCACCUUCCCGGGAGAGAUUCCCGAUCUCACAUGCUUUUGACUGAUUUUAAAGGCCGAGAGUACUUGAAUAAAUGAGCCAUUAUUCUCAAAGCAUUUGAUUCCCUCAGUCCCCCUGUGCUGACAACCUGAUCGAGUACUAAACUCUUCCCACAAAUUUGCCACUGUUGAGAUGCAUUCAUCUGGAGGAAGAGCCAGCUGGAGGUGGCUUCAAGAGCGGCAAUCAGAGUCACCCAGGCCACUAUUAACCACAACUUUGACGGGCACCGGAUGUGCCUUCUCAGACCUGUCUAUGUCUCUGUGAAGGAUUUCCCCUUCUCAUAGCGUUUCUCGGCUAGUAGCUAUCUCUCUGCACUCUGGCUGGGAGCCCUGGGUUGGCCUUCGCCAUGCCGACGGUGGUGGUAAUGGAUGUGUCCCUCUCCAUGACCCGGCCCGUGUCUGUCGAGGGCUCCGAGGAGUACCAGCGCAAGCACUUGGCAGCCCACGGUCUGACGAUGCUGUUCGAGCACAUGGCCACAAAUUACAAGCUGGAAUUCACAGCCCUCGUGGUGUUUUCAUCACUCUGGGAGUUGAUGGUUCCGUUCACAAGAGAUUAUAACACCUUGCAGGAAGCACUAAGUAAUAUGGAUGAUUACGACAAAACCUGCCUGGAGUCUGCAUUAGUUGGUGUUUGCAACAUUGUUCAGCAGGAAUGGGGUGGUGCAAUUCCUUGCCAGGUGGUUCUGGUGACGGAUGGCUGUCUUGGCAUUGGUAGAGGAUCACUGCGACAUUCCCUGGCCACUCACAACCAGAGAAGUGAGAGCAGCAGAUUUCCACUACCUUUUCCUUUCCCGUCGAAGUUGUACAUUAUGUGCAUGGCAAAUUUGGAGGAGCUUCAAAGCACAGAUUCCUUGGAAUGCCUUGAACGUCUCAUAGAUUUAAACAACGGUGAAGGGCAAAUUUUUACUAUUGAUGGCCCCCUGUGCUUGAAAAAUGUACAGUCUAUGUUUGGAAAGCUGAUAGACCUGGCAUACACACCUUUUCAUGCUGUUCUCAAGUGUGGCCAUCUAACCGCUGACGUCCAAGUCUUCCCUAGGCCAGAACCUUUCGUUGUGGAUGAAGAGAUUGAUCCUAUUCCUAAAGUCAUUAAUACAGAUUUAGAAAUAGUGGGAUUUAUUGACAUAGCUGAUAUUUCAAGUCCCCCAGUUCUGUCCAGACACCUGGUCUUACCUAUAGCACUUAACAAAGAAGGAGAUGAGGUGGGUACUGGCAUCACUGAUGACAACGAAGAUGAAAAUUCAGCCAAUCAGAUUGCAGGCAAAAUACCCAACUUCUGUGUCCUACUGCAUGGCAGUCUAAAAGUGGAAGGAAUGGUGGCAAUUGUCCAGUUAGGUCCUGAGUGGCAUGGAAUGCUGUACUCCCAAGCCGACAGCAAGAAGAAGUCAAACCUCAUGAUGUCUCUUUUUGAGCCUGGCCCAGAACCUCUCCCUUGGCUGGGAAAAAUGGCCCAGUUGGGUCCUAUUUCAGAUGCUAAAGAAAACCCUUACGGUGAGGAUGACAAUAAGAGCCCAUUUCCCCUGCAACCCAAAAACAAACGCAGUUAUGCCCAGAAUGUGACUGUCUGGAUCAAACCCAGCGGCCUGCAGACAGAUGUACAGAAAAUUUUGAGAAACGCACGGAAACUACCUGAAAAAACGCAGACCUUCUAUAAGGAGCUGAAUCGUCUGCGCAAGGCUGCCCUGGCCUUUGGCUUUCUAGACCUGCUCAAGGGCGUGGCCGACAUGCUGGAGCGGGAAUGCACACUGCUGCCGGACACGGCACACCCCGACGCCGCCUUCCAGCUCACCCACGCUGCCCAGCAGCUCAAGCUGGCCAGCACCAGCACCUCAGAGUACGCAGCAUAUGACCAUAACAUUAUCCCUCUGCACACAGACUUCUCUGGGAGCAGCGCGGAGAGAAUGUGAACUGCCAGGGAAUGAUUUCAACUGCGAAGGAUGCUGAGCACGCUCACUUGUGACACGCCACCCCGGGGCCUUCUGAACUGGCCUCACACAUAGCCCUCACAGGCCAGAAUAACUACCCCAGUGUGAGGGGCUGGCUGCAGGGUGCGAAGCAGACUGGCCACUUGGCUGGAACCUCAGCCUCCUGGUGUCUCUAAGCUGUUACUCGAGUGAGGGACCCAUCUUAGAAGUGGAGGCUGAGCAGAGCUCCCGCCUUCUUCCUCCUCAGGAAACGUCCUGGAAGGACCCCCUCUCCAGGUUGUGCUUAGCCAGAAGGACCUUUUCAGGCCUCUUUGGAGAGGCAGCCUAGGUUGCUUGGGACUUGCUAAGGACAGAACGACUGCCACUGAGUUCCAGAAUUGUGCUUAGAACUUGGUAAAAUGUGAUAGUGAUGCUUGGGUGCUUUUGGUGUACCUUGAGUACAAACUUCUAAACAACCACAUAUGUAAAAUGAGUCCUGUUUUUUUAAUGAAAGUAAAAUAGAUUUUCUGUGAUACUUUCACUGAGAACUAA